AUGGAGCAGCCACCGGAGGGCGAGGAGGAGUGGAGCGGGGCGUUGGCGGGCAUGGCCCUUGCGGAAGAGGAGGAAGAGGCGGGGGAGGGGCAGCAGAAGAGUCGGGCGCAGCAGCAGCGGCGGCCGCGGCCCAACGACAAGGUGCGGCGCAAGAAGAAGACUCCGGAGGAGGCCGCCCGUGCCGCCCAGGCCAAGGUGGCCGCCCAGCAGCUCGGGGCCGCGCGGCUCGAGAAGGCCGCCCUCGACGACAAGAAGCCCGAGGACGAGGGCUGGAAGGACGUCUACUGGUCCUUCCUCCACAGCAACCACAACAACCACAACGUUGGCCAGGGCCAGGGCCAGAGCGGCGCGGACCAAGGCCAGGGCCAAGCCGAUGCCGCGGCGGUGGCGGUGGGGAAGGCGGAGCUGGACGAGGACGAGGUCGACGCGGAGCGAUCGUGGGCGCUCGUGUCCGGGCUCGACCCGGCCCGCGCGCAGGCCGUCAGCCAACGGGAGGCCGCCACCCCCACCCUCUCCUCCGACCACCGCCAGCAGUUCGUGGAGGGGUCGCAGGCCAACUGGGACCGGUUCUACCAAAACAACACCGUUAACUUCUUCAAGGAUCGGCACUACCUGCACCACCAGUUCCCGGAGCUGCUUCCCAGCGACGAAGAGCGCACGUUCCUGGAGUACGGGUGCGGGGUGGGCAACACCAUUCUGCCCCUUAUGAAGACCCACCCGCGCGCGCGCUUCUACGCGACCGACUUUUCGCCCACCGCCAUCCGCCUCCUCCAGACGCAUCCCGAGUUCGAGGCGGGACGGUGCACGGCCUUCGUGAGCGACCUGACCAAGGAGGACCUGCCGGCCUCCAUCCCCUCCGAGUCCGUCGACUUUAUUCUGCUCGUCUUCGUCAUGUCUGCCCUCGCCCCCGAGCAAAUGGUGGACGUGCUGGCCAAGCUGCAUCGGGUGCUGAAGCCCGGGGGCGCGAUCCUCUUCCGCGACUAUGGCGAGUACGACAUGGCGCAGCUGCGGUUCCUGUCGCGCAAGAACCCCAACAAGAUCGACGAGUGCAUGUACGUGCGAUGGGACGGCACCACCUCCUACUUCUUCUCGCUCGAGGAGCUGCGGGAGCGGUUUGGGAAGGCCGGGUUCAUCGAAGACGAAAACAAGUUUGACAUCCGCGAACUCAAGAACCGGAAGCGCAAGAUCGUCAUGUUCCGGGUGUGGGCCAACUCCCGAUUCCGCAAGCCCCUCCCCGGCGAUCUCCCCACCGCUUGCCCACCCACGGGCUCUGCCUCCAGCAGCGAGCAGGAGACGUUGGUGCUCGUAAUUGGUGAUCUGCACAUCCCGUACCGUGCUCACGGUCUGCCCAAGAAGUUCAAGAAGCUUUUGGUUCCGGGCAAAAUCCAACACAUCUUGUGCACCGGCAACCUGUGCACAAAGGAGGUCUUCGAGUACUUCAAGACCCUCGCCAACGACGUACACAUCACCCGCGGUGAUUUCGAUGAGAACACCAAGUACCCCGAGAACAAGGUGCUCACGCUGGGCGAGUUCAAGGUGGGUCUGUGCCACGGCCACCAGGCGGUGCCGUGGGGCGACAGGGAGAGCCUGGUCAUCCUCCAGCGACAGCUCGACGUGGACAUCCUCAUCACCGGCCACAGCCACAAGUUCGAGGCCUUCGAGUACGAGAGCAAGUUCUUCAUCAACCCGGGCUCCGCUACGGGCGCCUACUCGGGCCUCAACGUGGAAGCGACGCCGUCGUUUGUGCUGAUGGACGUGCAGGGCGCCCAUGUCGUGACCUACGUCUACCAGCUCAUCAACGACGAAGUCAAGGUGGAGAAGAUCGAGUUCAGGAAGAGCUAG